AUGACUGCGACUGAAAUCAGCUUUUUGCCAUCCUGUCCUCGAAGAGAGCGACCGAAUAUUGUCCCCAGCCGCUCAGUAUGUAGACAAUUGUUUGGACCCGUUAACCACGAGCAAAUGAGAGAAGACUUGCUUCGCGAGAAGAAGAAACUUUACGAAGGAGACGCUCAAAGGUGGAACUUCGAUUUCGAAAAUGGAAUUCCUUUACCGGGAAGAUACCUUUGGGAGAGACUCUACGCCAGUCUGUCGAAAGGGAAAUCCGUUUCAAGCUUUUCUGGCCGCGUUAGCGAGACAGCUACGAGUGAACGUUUGGCUUGUUGCAACGAUUCAGCUGGUCGUACUACAACUUCUACUACGACAAGUUCGGACACGACGGAGUCGAUAUCAGAUGUCGUGGCAAGCGACUCACUUGAAAGUAGUAUUUGUGAUCCGGAAAAACGUUCAAGGUGUCUUAGAACGAGAAAAUCGAGCGGCAAAAUAACCGGUGAGCUCAUUUGUUAGUUUUUCGCUUGGCAAAUUUAACUUUUAUUGUCACGAUGUUAAUGUUUGUUGAGUUGAGUUUACGUCCUCGACUCCGUCUUUGCUCAUUUCGCUGGCUUGUGACCUCUUCUUAAUUCUUGCGUGAUAGAUCGUAUUUCAUCAGAGCGUAAAAUUCAUGAGCAAUAUAUUUCGGCUUAAGGUAUAUUUGGCCCUAAUUUGCUCUGUAAUAUCGCGGAUGCUUUCUCGUAAUUGGAGCUUAUGCGAAAUCAAUCUUUGUGGGCGAGGUUCUGUUUUAUGUACAUGUAGUUGUCUGACCAAGGAUGUCGAGAUGGGUUGUCAAAAUGCCGCAAGCUGGUCAAACGAAAAACGAUGGAGUAUUAAACACAAGAGUUUUUUUCAACAACAUCUAUUUACGUCGGUCGUUACUAAUCCCCUCUUAAUCUCUUCGUCUCAGAUUAUCUGCGAUCGAAGAAACAAAGAACAACACAGAAAAGAUCACGGCUCGGGAGGAGGAAAUCAGUGUCGAAACAAACACGACUGGACUUGUUCGUAACAAAACAUUAGCACAGUCUUACAGCCAGGUUAGUAUUUAUUUGCUUUCACUUGCCAUUAGGUCGUAAGGUUUAUAAGGACAAUUAAAAUAAGAACAGUCGCACAACAACUUCCGAAUAGUUUUGGUGAUGAAAGAAACGGAGAAUCUUCAUUAAUGCGGUCGAUGUACAGUGUUAUUAUUACCCUCAUGUUUCGAUUAUUCCCCGAGGACGUCCUAUAUAAUAAACAGCCUGUUUCUUAGUUCAUUUGUUUGUUUAAUGUCAAACAAAGCUUUCCAAUUAGUUAACUCUGGCCCAGGUGUAGAUGGGCUGUGUACUCAGCGAUUUUUAUGUUAGCUAAAGGCACGUGUCAUACAGCGAAAUUUCUUUUCUUUCAAGUGAUGUUGCCGGGUAGUGAUCCAUCAACAAUCUUUUAGAUGAAGACAGUUAACUUCUCUCCAAAAAUUUGAAACGUGAUUGUUGGUAUUUCUUUUUUGGCGAAGCGUGAUUAGUGCUACUUUUUAUAACUGUAGCAUGCGAGAAAGCUCUCUGUGGUUCGUCUUGAUUGUUUAACGUGAUUGUGAGCUAUAUUUUUCUGCUUAUACAAACCAAGAGCAGUGAUUCGCGAAUUUUUUUGUUUUGCUGUUCACUAAGUUUCUGACCUUCCCGUAGCUUUCCUUUGUUUGCUUUGUCCCGUUACAUUCAUUACAUGUCAAUUUUGUCAUGUGUGGAGAAUGAAUUCUUCUAAAUUCUCUGCUUGAACGUGAAAAAACUCUUGUUAGACACUUCGACGCGUGGAAUUGUUCGGUCAUUUCAUGUGACUGAAUUUCGCCAAAACUCAGUUAGCUACAUAAUAUUUGUUACGUAAUGGUUUCUGAAAACCCUGAAAAACUGUUAGUUCUUUUGCCAUAACGCGAAAGAAAUUAACAGAAAGGAGGGAAAAGGAACAGAAACAAUGUUUUCAGUGGUAGGCAUUCAGGUAUGAAGGCUUCACUUACGCUUAGGUCAAAAAUUCGACACGCUCAUUCAUUUCAAUUUAAUUUGUCUUGCCAAGGCUAAUUUUGCAGUCGCUUUUUAUAAGUUCAGGUAAGUAAUUUCGGCCGUAUGACCCAACAGCCGAUCUUAAUAGUGUAGGUCAACCCAAAACUGUUGUUAGGUUGGGCUUAAGUGAAGUAUACGGUGUUUGACCUGGAGCCUUAGAAAAAUAUGGGGUUGUAAUUACAUGUAGUGUUGAUGUGUGGAAUGACGUCCCCUAAGUGUAUAUUCAUCCUUCUUAUAUUUUUGUGUUCACAGAUCUGGAGUAUAAUAAUACACCCACAAAUGAUGUCAUUCCAUGCAAGGACUUUAUAAUUUGUAGGAAUGAUCUAUACAGUUGUAUCAUAGUUAUGUUUAGAUGAAUUUUCACUAGGUAUAUAAAAAUCGGU